AUGCCCAACACCAAGUAUAAAAUGUCGGAGACUCCCAUAAACGAAUAUUCAUUGCAAAUGGACCUAACCAUAACGAGUCUUGAACCCAAGGACUUUGGUGGCUAUCUGUGUAUAGCCAAAAACGCUUUGGGUAAAGCCGAAGGAUCCAUAAGACUUCAAGAACUGCAUUUGCCAAGCGCUCCAACCACUUCGGAAGCACCACCGCCGGAACCAGAAGAAGACGAUGACGACGAGUCAGGUGGUGCAGACGAGGAAAAUUUGGUGCCAGUGGAGGGUGAACCGACAGCCGACGGUGACAAUCAAUCGUUGGAUGACCAACAACGACAACAGGAACAACAGAAGCAUCCAUCAGAAUCCACAAAAAAACCUCCACAGACUGCUCAUGGAGGUGGAAGUGGUAAUGGAGGUAGUGGAGGUGGCGGCGUCCGGCAUCAUGACAACAAACAAAGGCACGGAUCCGGCAAAGGUUCCGGUUCAGAAUGUCCGGCACGUUGGUUGCUAGUGCUGGCCGCCGUUGUCGUAGUUACGCUGUUCCGGUCACCGGUCGUAUCUCGAUGGUGA